CCAACUACAGACACUUCAUACCCAGGUUGAUAUGGUGUGUUAUAGGACUACUGAUGCUUGGUAUGGGUGUGUGGUUAACAGCAGAGCUGCUCCAGGACUGGCUGACAUAUCCUUCUUACACAGAGCUCUCAUCAGAGUUCACUAACGAGUACUACCUCCCCGCCAUUACCAUCUGUAACAUCAACCUCAUGAACAAGACCAAGAUGGAGGAGGACAAGAUUGAGGUAGCGGGGAAACGCGGGUUUAACACCACUGUUAGUGUUUACAAGCUCUUCCAGGAUCUUCAGGAGAAACAUCAGGACAGGUCAAGCGCCAGGUCUGUAGCAUCGAAGGACCUCCCAUAUGAGAGGAUUGACUCAAUGCACGCACAACAGACAUAUAGCUGGAACAUUAGAUCAACUCUUGAUCUACAAUCUUUCACAUUUGCGAAGGAAGUACUACCAGCGAACAGGGAGUCGGACUACCUAACAAUACGGUUUACCGAGAUGGGGAGCUGUCUGGAAGUGAAUGACCAGGAGAUAUUGGUACAGCGAGUUAAUGGACGAAUAGGGGGUCUCUCAAUGAUACUGGACACUCGCACAGAACAUUACCUGGAAUCUACUGAGACUGAAGGGUUCUUUGUUCUCUUAAGAAUGCCCAACGAAACUGUGCUUAACAAGGAAUACGCUUUUGCGGUGAGUCCAGGAAAAGAAACAUUCGUUCAACUCCAAACCACGGAAAUAACCAGACUUGAACCGAGACACGGGACCUGUAAAAACGAGGAGGACGUCUUCAAAUCAAGUGCACGCUCAACAACUGAUAAAAAGGAGGAAACAAAAGAGGGGAUAAACAUGGAUGACACUCUGACAGUAAAGGAGUGUUUCAGAAACCAAGUGUUGUGGCAGUACAUGAGGGAGCCCCUAUGUAAGUGCUACCCCUGGUACAUCUACACCAGGCACAUCAACCCCCCACCAACUAGAGACACCGAACUGGAACACCACAUUUAUCAGUAUUUUACACAGGGGAUCAGCCAAGAGAAGAGGAUAGAGUUUGAUAACAGUACGUGUUACUAUCAGGAUCAGUUCUCCUACAGUGGAACUUCUCUAAAGACCCUACCCUCUAUUUCUUCAGCAGUGCUGUGUGCUGAACAGUGUAAGCAAACAGACAACUGUGUCUAUUUAUGUGGACUCCUACAAGUCAACAAGAAGCAGAAUACGAAGAAAAGUGCGUUCUGUUUGACGAAACAGCCAUUCUAAGUGAGGAUUUGGAGUACAGAGUCCAGCGGGGCACAGUUGACUGUACUCUGCAGUUGGAGGAGUGUUCGUUUACCACAGAAGCCAUGUGUCAGAA